AUGAGGGUCUGGGUGGUGAUUGACUUUCUCUUCGCCUUGCUUUUCGCUACAGGUCCGAAACAUGGCUUGGCUGCAAAGCUCCCUUCAUACCCGCUGGCGGUCAAAAGCCCCUACCUGUCUACUUGGGUACCUGGAGAUCAAUUAUCGGAUAUCGCUACGGCUCAACCGCAGUUCUGGACAGGCACGCAAUUGACUUGGCCUAUACUUGCCCGGGUUGAUGGAACGACAUAUGCCUUGUUCGGUGCUCCAGAUGGCAUUACCAGCGACAUUACAGCGGCAACAACAGAAGAUGUGAGCUACACUUCGUUGCACACAUACUUUGCGCUCAGCACACCGAAUGUCAACUUCACGCUGGACUUCUUCUCCCCAGUGUAUCCCAAGACCGAGGACUUUGCGCUUCACUCGCUGCCGUAUUCGUACUUGACCGUCAACGCCACGAGCACCGACUCGGACACGCACGAUAUCCAGAUCUUCAGUGCCAUCGAUCAGACGUGGACGGCCCAGGGCGGAGCUUCUGAGAUCACGUAUACGGCAUCUGGAGACUAUGGCUAUUUCACGUUCUACAACCCCAAUCAGAUCCUCUUCACAGAGAGCAACGACAUGGCGACAUGGGGCUCUGUCAUAUUCGCCACAGGCACUGCAUCCAGCAAUACGACAAGCACGUGUGGAGAUGCCAGCAGCGUGUAUUCGGCAUUCUCGAGCGGUGGAUCACUGGACACGACCACGACUUGCUCUUCUGGAAGCUACCUUGUUGGAUUCUCCCAGGACUUGGGCGACGUGGGGAGCAGUGGCGGGAGUGCACUCUUUGCGGUUGGGUUUGAUCGGGAGAAUACUGUCAACUACCUAGGAGAUGCUCAGACUGGAUAUUACCGUACUCAAUGGCCCACUGUUCCAGAGGCAGUGAGCGCCUUUCUUGGACGUUAUAGUGAGGCGCUGGCAUAUUCACUGAACUUCGACAACAUCGUUCGCACACGGACUGAGUCGGUCUCGAGCACAUUUGGCAGUCAGUAUGCAGAUAUCUGCGAAGCGAGUUUGAGGCAGGCCUUUGCUCCUAUUGAAUUGACGGUUCCGGCAAACAACUUGAGUGCUUCACCAAGUGCUUUCCUGAAGGAGAUCUCCAGCAAUGGAAACAUGAACACUGUUGAUCUGAUCUAUCAGUCUUGGCCAAUUUACAUCAGCUUGAACCCAGACUUUAUCAUCCUACUGUUCAAGCCGACCCUUGAGUAUCUUGCCAGUGGACGCUGGCCAAAAGAAUAUGUCAUCCAUGACAUGGGGGCACAUUACCCAAAUGCAACUGGACACGACGACGGGGAUGCCGAGGACAUGCCCUUGUUCGAGACAUCCACAUUGUUCAUUCUCAUGUAUGCGUACCAGGAAUUGAGUGGCGACACUUCGUAUACCGAGGAGUACAAAUCGUUGUUCGACGGCUGGGCUCAAUACCUCGUCGACAAUGGCCUUUACCCAGCCAGUCAGCUCAUCAGCGUAGACGCCAUUCCUGGCAGUCCUAACCAGACCGCUCUUGCAAUGCAAUCCGCCAUCGGCCUCAAAGCGGCAAGUAUCCUGCUGGACAACUCCAGCUACUCAGACACGGCGGACUCUUUCGCGGACAAGAUCUACAAUCAAGGGCUAGGCCUGAACGACAACUCGCCAAACACAAGCACGCACUUCACCUACAACUACGGCAGUGACGAUAGCUGGAACGUUAUCUUCACAUCGUUCGCGGAUGUCUUCUUGAACCUGAGUACAUUUCCUCAGUCGGCCUGGGAUUUGCAGGGCGAAUGGUACCUCUCGCAAGUCGAAGAAGCUGGCCUCGCAUGGGCGGGACCAACAUCAGAUAAAGGCGUUGAUUGGGCUCUUACGGACUGGAACAUCAUGACAGCCGCCAUAUCCUCCACCACCGUCCAAGAAACCAUCGUCAACACAACGCACACCUUCCUCUUCAACGAGAAGAACGACAUCCCCUUCGGCACGAAAUACUACGUCUCCGGCAGCAACGCCGGUGUAUGGAUCGCGAACAAAGCACGCAGCACGGUCGGGACGCACUUCUCCAUCGCGGCGUUCCAGCAGGGGCUUUGGAGCGAGUUGCAGCCUUUUACUUCAACGAGUAGUUACGAGUCCAAGAGGGUGAGAUGA